UUGUGUCAUAACUCGAACACAUGCCCGAUUUCUCUUUCUCUUUCUCUCUUUGAUAUGUAGGUCACAAAUACAAAUGGAGCCUGUGAACAAUGGUCCUCCUCCUAAUGUAAUUCAUACUCCUACAAUGGAGCGGUGUUUCAAGGUUGCAAAGAAUGAAGAUGUAGUUGUUCGUCCCAUUGCAAACUUCCAUCCAUCUCUAUGGGGAGACUAUUUCAUCACAAAUGUUACAUUAUCAUCUACACAUCAGGAGGAACAGAUGAAACAAAGAAUGCAAGUACUCGUUAAGGAUGUAAAGAUUUUGCUAAAGGAUGCAAAGGGUUCAAUGAGAGAGGAGAUGCAACUCAUUGAUGCACUCCAACGCCUUGGUGUGGCUUAUCACUUUGAACAAGAGAUCAGUGAAGCGUUAUGGUUCAUUAAUACUUCUAGUUCUUCUGGUCACCAUUCAUACAGUGACGACGAUCUUCAUUUUGUUGCUCUUCGGUUUAGAUUACUAAGAGAACGUCACUAUUAUGUUCCACCAUAUGUCUUUAACCAGUUUAUGGAUGGCAAAGGAAAGUUCAAAGAAGAAGUGAGUAAUGAUUUGAAUGGUUUUGUUAAAGCUUGUAUGAAGCAGCUUACCUUGGAAUCCCUGGAGAGGAUUUGUUGGAUGAAGCCCUUUGAUUUCUACAGAAGCCAUUUGCAGUCUCUUGUGAACGAUGUUGUGCUUGAGCUUGCAAAGCUUGAUUUUCACAUAUUGCAAUUACUUCAUAGAGAGGAGGUCAAAAAGAUCAGCAUGUGGUGGAAAGAUGUAGGUGUGCCAACAAAGCUGACGUUUGCUAGAGACAGGAUAGUAGAACUCUACUUCUGGAUAUUAGGCGUAUAUUUUGAGCCCCAGUAUUCAAGGGCCAGGAUGAUGAUGGUAAAGGUGAUAUCUAUGGUUUCCCUUAUGGAUGAUGUUUAUGAUUCCUAUGGUACAAUGGUUGAGCUGCAACAUUUUACUGGUGCAAUUCAAAGGUGGGACUUCAAGGCUGCUGAUGAGAUGGAGAAUGUACCAUCACUGGCCGAACACCUGGAGCUGUCAAUCAAGACCUCUACUUUGAAUGUUGUUGCUUGUGCCUCAUUCAUUGGUAUGGGAGAAAAUAGCAGGAAGCACUCAUUUGACUGGGUUACAAGUUUUCCUCAAAUUAUCAAAGAUGUAAGCAAGCUUUCUAGGCUCAUGGAUGAUGUUGGGGUUUUGAGGGUAUGCAUGAUUUCGAUAUAA